CGGGGCGGGGACCCGGCCACCCACCUCCUCCGGCUGGGGAGUCCCCGGGGCCGGCGCGCGGGGAAGUCCCGAGCGCGGGUACAAGAACGCGGCGCGCGCCCAGGAGGGCGGCCCGGACGGUGGCGCAGCGCUCCAGCCAUGUCGCGAGGCCUCCAGCUCCUGCUCCUCGGCUGCGCCUGCAGCCUGGCGCCCGCGGUGGCGAUGCGGGAGGUGACGGUGGCUUGCUCCGAGACGGCUGACCUGCCGUGCACAGCGCCCUGGGACCCGCAGCUCUCCUACGAGGUGUCCUGGGCCAAGCUCUCAGAGGGUGGCAAUGAAAAGCUGGAGCUCCCCCAGAGCAGGCAAAACAACUCCUUCGAGGCGCCCAGGACAAGGUAUUCCUUGACGAUCCAGAACACUACAGUCUGCAGCUCUGGCACCUACAGAUGCGCUCUGCAGGAGCUUGGAGGGAGGCGGAACUACAGCGGCACCGUGAUCUUGAAAGUGACAGGAUGCCCUAAGGAAGCUGCAGAGUCCCCUUUCAGGAAGUACAGAGCUGAAGCCGUGCUCCUCUUCUCUCUGGUCAUUUUCUACCUGACACUCAUCAUUUUCACUUGCAAAUUUGCACGACUACAGAGUAUUUUUCCAGAUAUCUCUAAACCUGGUAUGGAACAAGCUUUUCUUCCAGUCACCUCCCCAAGCAAGCAUUCGGGGCCAGUGACCCUUCCCAAGACAGAAGCAGUAUGAGUAGGAUCUCUGCUGGUUCUUACAAAGCCAAGGGCACAUCAGAUCAGUGUACCUGAAUGCUGCCUGGACAGGAGAAGAAAGAGCCCCACCCUCAGAUGGCAACCUUCCUUUGAAGUCCUUCACCUGACAGUGGCUUCCACACUAUUCCCUGACACAGGGUCUUGAGCACCAUCACACGAUCAUGAAGCAUGGGGCCAUCACUGCUUCUCUGUGGCUGUCAGCUUAGUGUUUCAUGCGGCUAUCUGGUCAACCUCUUGAAUGCAUUUCAGUCAUGUAAAAGCUAUGGCGAGAUGCAGGUGGAGCAGGGUCACGGGAAAUUUGAACACUCUGAGCUGGCCCUGUGACAGACUCCUGAGGACAGCUGUCCUCUUCUACAUCUGGGAUACAUCUCUUUGAAUUUGUCCUGUUUUGUUGCACCAGUCCAGAUGUCUCACAUCUGGCAGAAAUUGACAGGCCAAGCUGUGAGCCAGUGGGAAAUAUUUAGCAAAUAAUUUCCCAGUGCGAAGGUCUUGCUAUUAGUAAGGAGUAUUAUGUGUACAUAGAAAUGAGAGGUCAAUGAACUGUUCCUCAGCAGGGCCUUUUCAUCUGGAAAAGACAUCCAUAAAGCGGCAGUACAGAGGGAUGCCACGUUUAUUUUUUUAAUCUACAUGAACUUGUCGAAGAAGAAUUUUCAUGUUUUUCAAAGAAGUGUGUUUCUUUUCUUUUUAAAAAAAUGAUUGCCUAGUUAGAUAGCAGUGCUAGCUGACAAGCAGCCCCUGUGAAUAUGGACAGUGUCCCUCAGAAUAGGGACAACAAGCUAGAAGCACUGUACAAUGUCCUGCUGGGAAGGGCAGACCAUGGACUGUGCCACCUGAAGUCUGGCCACAGUUGUCCAAGCCUGUCUGUAGGGUCCUGGAUGAGUCACUUGUGGCUUUCACUUUCACUUUCUAUCUUGUAAACCAGAUAGUUUUGGUCUGGGUUGACUACAAUGGAUGUGAAAAUGCUUUGGAAAAGCUGAAGAUACUGUUCACAGUGGCAACCUCCCUGGGUUGUGUUUCUUGUUGAUAUCCUAGAGUUCUGGAGCUGUAAGAAUGCCUGUCAUGUCUCACCUUUCCCAUCAAUCCAAACAAAGAAGGCUAUAAAGAGGACGUUACCAUGGUCUUCCAUGUGAACUCUUCUGAGAAAUGUGGAGACUGGCUCAGUGUUUAGUUCUUGAAGAUACGAACCCAUGGGAGCCACUGGGCCAUGGCAGGAGGGAGCUCUCAGAUGUUGCACUGACGGGACAUUGUUGCAUUUCUUUAAUGAACUUGUCCCCUUCCUCAUUUGCUUCCCAAAGAGAUUUUGUCUCUUUAAUGGUGUGUGCAUCACCCACACUAGCAUGAGAGUAAAAGCAAUGUUGAGCUGACCCAGUGUUUACCUCUUAGUCACCACUUUCAUGCUAUUAAAGAUGUGCAUGUGAAGAAGAA